UCAUAAAUCUAAAAUAAAAUCUAAGAAUAUGAGUUCCAUUUCUAUAUGAUUUUCGACUUGUAAGGACUUCUUGUAAAUUGUCCAUUUCCUCAUGAGAACAAAUUGAACAUGCAAACACUAUUCGAUAUCCUAUCCCGUCCAAUUUCGAAGCGCCUAAGGUCUUGGACGUCGAUAAUUAGGUUCGAACUUAGGACACGUAAAUUAUCGAACGUCCAAAUCCAGAAAAAUUAAUUAUUUAAUUAAUUAACUAAUGGGAUAUCCCAUUCCUAAUAUAUUCUCUUUAGCAAAAUAACACGUGAUAGAAAAUGUUCGAGUUUGUUGCUUUUGACACCUGUUUUUUCUCUAAUUUAAAAAAAUAAAAUAAAACCCAUAUUAUUUUAUUAGAAAAAAAAAAAACUGAAUACAGUUGCGGUGCUUGUAUGAAUCUUUCUCGAUUAUUCCAAUUACCGCGCGUUAUUUAACUUCAUCACUCUCUCUUCCUUUCAAUUCAAAUCGAAAAUUAUUCAACAUUAUAAAAGCAACCCCCCCUCUGAAAAUCCAAUAACCGCCAUUUCCACCAAAAACACGCAGUACCAAAUCGUCUCAGAAAAAAAAAAAAAAAAUGGGGGGCAAGAAGAAGAAGCAACAGCAAAAUCGACCACCGAAAAACAGCAGAGAUCUAUUCAAGUCCGUUCGCGAAUUCACGAGCAAAGAGGAAUGGGACCUAUUUUUCGCCAUGACAGGCAGCGGCGAUUCGUUCGAGUGGUACGCCGAUUGGCCCCAGCUCCAGAGCUUACUCACGAAACAGCUCUUAUCGCCGCCGUCGCUACUGCCGAAAACCGCCGGCGAGGCGCCUGUGGCCCUUGAAGCGGGGUUGCUGGUUAUUCUGGUGCCUGGAUGCGGGAACUCGAAGCUGUCGGAGCAUUUGUAUGAUGAUGGGUUUACGGGGAUAAUAAACCUGGAUUUCUCGAAGGUGGUGAUUCAUGAAAUGCGGAAGAGGAAUCUGACAGAGAGGCCGGAGAUGGUGUGGCAUGUUAUGGAUAUUACAGAUAUGCAGUUCGAUAGUAAGACCAUGGAUGUCAUCAUCGACAAGGCAGGAUUGGAUACAUUAAUGGUGGAUGAGCUUAGAGCUACAGAGGGGAGUCUGUAUUUGGCUGACGUAAAGAGGAUUUUAGAAGCUGGCGGAAAAUAUAUUUGUUUCACCUUAGGUGAAUCACAUGUGUCAGAUCUACUUUUCUCCAUGUUCCGGUUCGGAUGGAAAAUGAGUCUUUAUACCGUUCCUAAGGAACCAUCCUCUAAACUGCAGACCUUUAUGGUGGUUGUUGAGAAAGACAUUUGUGCUUCUGUUUCUAUGAUAUCAUCAUACAUGGAUGAAUACUCUGUUGGAUCCCACGGUAAUCAGGCUCGCCAAUUCUAUGAAGCCGUUGAAAAAGAACAAAAGGUUCGAUUAGAGUACUCCAGUGGCAGUGAUACAUUAUACUCACUUAAAGAUGUUGGGAAGAACGGAAACCCCCAUGUGCUUGUAGAAGGUCGUAGAAUAAAACUAAUUUUAGGUGAACCAAAAGGAUCCACCUUUUAUAAGGGUAUACUUAUUGAUGCUCAGAAGGAUUCAGGACCUUUCAAGGCUCCCAUGGCUGUAUUAAUUGUUCCAUAUAUACGAGUUGAUGACUGGCUCUUCUCAUCAGAAGAAGGACAAAAUCUCAUUCUCGCAAAAUCACAGGCUUGUAGAUUACUGAUUAUUUUACUCGAUUCGAUGAAUUUUUGGUCUUCCAUGGAGAUUUUGAAGAUUGAGCUCGAUCAUUCACUCAAGCAAUUAAUUCCAAAUCUCAGUCAGAAUGAAGUUGAAAUUCCGUUUCUGACCGUAAAUGACAGAAUUUGGCGCAAAUUUAAUGUAAAGCAGGUUAAAUCUACAGUGACGGGUCCAAUUGUUGUAGAUGAAGUGAUCUAUAGUAACCUUGAUAAGUAUAAUAAAGAUCUUGAUUUCCUAUCUGAAUCUAAAGAUCUUGAUUGCGAAUCUGAACAUAAAGAACUAGUAUUCCGCCGCCUUACUUUCGAAAGAUCCCCGGGUGUGGUGCAGUCAGAAGCUCUUUUAUCAAGUGAAGAAACUGAUCCAACUGCAGAACCUUUAACUGAGGAAAACGAAGUGCAGAAAGCUUCAAAACCAAGGAAAGUGAAGAAGAAAGGAAAGCAGAAGAGAUCCUAUUUUCGCCCAUCUAGGAAGGCUGAUGAUGCGGACGGGGCAGCAUCAAGAAACGAAAGGAAAGUUGAUCACAACUAUUUGGCACUUCCGUACCAGAAUGCGAUUAUUUCUGGAUUGAUGUUGAUUUCUCUACAUCUGAAAGAAUCUAGCUCCACUCGGGGCAUGGUGGAAACAGUGGUUAUCGGUCUUGGAGGAGGAUUGCUUCCUAUGUUUAUGAAGAAUUGGAUACCUAAUCUAAACAUUGAGGUUGUCGAGCUAGAUCAGGUGGUUUUGGAUGUUGCUAAAGAACAUUUCGGUUUUAAAGAAGAUGAAAACUUACGGGUACGUGUAACUGAUGGAAUACAGUUUGUGAGGGAUAAAGCAGAUUCUGGGGCAGAAGGAGAAUCCACUUCCAAACUAGACAUACUCAUAGUUGAUGUCGACGCGCCAAACAUAAGAUCUGCUUUGGCCUGCCCUGCAGCAGAUUUUGUUGAGGAAUCUUUUUUUCAGAACGCGAAAAACUGCCUUUCUAAGGAAGGUUUGUUCGUCAUAUAUUUGGGCUCGAAGUCCUCAACUGCGAAGGUUCCAAUAUAUUCAAGUUUAAAGAAGGUAUUUGGCAAAAGCCUCGUAUCCCUCGAGCUGGAAGAAUAUUUCAAUGAGGUAAUAUUUGCCCUGAAGAACGAAUCUCCGAUCACGGAGGAGGAUCUUUCUAAAGCUUGUGAUAAACUUGAAAGAUCAUUAGAGCUGGUCAACCAGCACAGGUGGACCAAAAAAGUCAUAAAGGCCUCAAAACUGAUUCGGCCACUAAUAUGAUGUCGACAACGUAACAUACAUCGUAUUGUUGCUGGAAUAUGUAGGUAAAAUGCUUGUUAGGUACUACUACUCUAUCUUCUAGUUGCAGUUGCAGCAGCUAUACACAUAAGAAAAUAAACCACCUGUUACUUUGCACAUUUUCAUAAGAUGUCCAUAAUUCGUGCGAAUUAGCAUUACAUAUUGUUUCGAUGUAUAUUUGAACUAUAUAUCCAAUGUGCAGCUUGUGUACAUUUCUCUGUUUCGAUGUGAAAAUCUCUUCUACACGUUAAAGCCACCCACGCCUACUGUUUUUUUAUAGCUCCAACAAAUAGCUGCUGAUACUUUUUUUCAAACAACUUCCAUUCAGCUUCUGUCAUUUUGUUAGCUCUAAUAAUUAUUUAUAUAGGAUGAUUAAUUAAUUAAUUUAUUAAUAUUCUGAUCAGAAAUUAUAUGAUCAUGAAACAUCUGCGUUGGAUUGUGCAUUUUUUUGAUCGAUAAUAUAUUUAUCUGCAUUUUAGCUCUCAAUGAAUGUGAGUUUCGAAUGGUUGCUAGAUCAUAUAUAGUUAAUUACAAGAUUUUCUUUGCAUGUAAAUUGUAAUGCUUAUGAAUUCUUGCCAUUUAUUUC